AUGAGCGAACGGAGAAGAUCUCACUCUGCUGCUGGAAAUAGAGAUGAUGAAACUACCCAUCCAAGAAAUAAUAAUAACAUUCAUCAUCCUCUUCAGAAUAGUGGAGUAAAUCCGAGAAGUGGUAAUGCUUCAUCAUCAGUUAUUAAUCGUGGUGGAGGGAAUAGAAAUAAUUCGGGAUUGAUGAGGAGAAGUAGACCCUCGCUCGCAAUUAAAGCUGUUAAUUUUAGUGCCUUGUGGGAAAGCUUGGAACGAGAUUUGUGGAAAAUUUUGUUCGAUCCUUUGAAAGCAAAAUUGACUCAUGACAUUGAACAAUUGCAUAAUAUUGUAUAUAAACUAAGCACUUGCCAAUGUUAUGAAUUACCUGACCAAAGUGUGUUGGCACAAAAUCCUCAUGCAACGGUUAUUCCGCAAGAAGGUGAUAUUCAACCAUGUACUCUAUAUUUUAUGUUUAAGAGAUUAAUUGCUAGAUUUAUUCAACAAGAAUUAAUUGGACAAAGACUGAAAGAUUUGAGAGGUUUUUCAUUGUUGAAACAAUAUUCAGAAUCUUGGAAGAAUUUUGUAAUUUCUUGUGAAUUUAUGAACAAGGUAUUUCAUUACCUCAACACAGAUUGGAUAAACGACAUGGAAUGUAAACGAAAGUCUAAUAGACAAUCACCCAAUACUAGCGACAAGAACAAUGUUUCUCCUGUAAAUUUGAAACUCAUCAAACAUUUUAGCGAAAGUAAUCAUGUCUACCACACCAGAACGACUUGUUACUUACUUUGGAGAGAAUUCUUUUUUGAAAGAUGUGACAGCAAUCACAAGAACAACCAGGAUUUUGUAAAUAUUGAAAGACAUUUUGUUGCAACUAAUGAAAUUGAAAGCCCACCAACACAAGAUGCAGAUGAAAAUUCACCACUACCAGAAGAGGUUAUCUAUUUUGACAAAUAUAUACUAUAUCACACUGUGUUGCAAGCAAUCGAGAAAGACAGAAAUGCACACUCACCACUGAGAUCGAAAGCAGCUCUCUCUUCAUCCGUAGACGAAUACUAUCCACUUCUUAAAUCGGUAAUUCGAUCCUUUGUAGAUUUAAGCUUGGACAUUGAAGAGGAUUACUAUUUCAAUAUCAAGUAUUUGCAUUUGACAUCUCUUGAAGGAUUCAAUUCAAAGCUACAGCCAUUUAUUGGAGAUUAUUACAACUCUCUGUUUACCGAAGUGAAAAAUGAUCACUACAAAGGAGGCUCAAAAAAACGAGUUGCAUACUACCCGCUCUUUUAUACCAUCGAUUUUGAACGAUUCCUUCUUCACAGCAGUGUUGAAUAUUACGCUAGUGAAGUUUCAUCUCUGAUAUCACAGUUGCUGAUAGCCUCAGACCAGGCUGUACGAACCUACAUCAAACAUGCCUUAACACGAAUUGACCAAGAAAGUAACAAAAUAAUUUUACAUUAUAUCAACGCAAGUUCCAAGGAUACUCUAACCAAGAUUUGUGUUGACACAUUUGUAGAGGGAAUGAACAUGGUUAACAUCACUAAUGACACUAUAAUUGAAAGGUCUCCGAGAUCUCCGUUACCAACUCAAUCCAUGUCAUCAUCCAAGGAUUUCUUGUUCAGUGAGAUUGAUCAAUGGUUGAAUGAUGUUGAACAUUUUACACACGAGUUAGAAUUACUGUUCAAGCUGAUCAUGAAAUCAACGCGCAAGAAUGCAUUUAAUGUGCUUUCAAGAAAGUUACGAGACAAAGUACUUGUGGACAUUUCUAAUGAGCUAAAAUCUAAAUUUGAAAAUUGUGCUGAAGACAACAUUGAUUCAAUAUUGUUCAUUGAAAUAUUUAUUGAAAAUUAUUUGAAAUUUGGAAACAUUGUCAACAAUAUCUUUGGAGGUAACUUUGAUCUAAAUGUGACAAAAGAUAAGGCAUUCAAAGAAAUUUUCAACAAUCCUCCCGUCUAUCAAACCAAUGCAAGCAUACGAAGUGCAGAAAGUUUGGCCAGGUAUACCAACCAUUUGUUGAAAGCCAAUUCAAAAACAGCCCUUCCUUCCAGCUCCAUGGAUGACUCUAAUUUAGAAGAUGGCUUAGAUCGUUGUGUUAUGAUUUGCACAUUAUUGAACGACAUGGACGUUUUUGUUCAAUUUUACAAGGUAUUUCUGUCGAGAAGACUGCUCAUCUUUUCAUCAGAGGGCGACACAUCUCAACAAGAAACAGAGUUGAUAAUGAUCAACAAGUUGAAAAAAGUGUGUCCAUUUAGUCAUAUUUACAAAAUUCAAACAAUGAUCAAUGACUUGGAUGUUGCAAGAAAUUUGAACGAACAAUUUAAGCAGCAUGAAAAUGAAACUCCCUCAACCAACACACACAAGAUACACUUGUCGUGCACUGUUUUAACUCGAGGAUAUUGGCCCUUGCAAGUAUCUUCCCUGAUGUCUCCAAGCAGAAACAACAAGUUUAUUGUACCUCAUGUAAUUGUUGACCGUAUGAACGAUUUUUCCAAAUUCUAUGCCAAUCAACACUCCGGUAGACAUUUAACAUGGCUCAAUAUUUUAUCCAAAGGAGUGGUACGAGGAUACUUUAUGAAAUCGUCAUCACCCUACUAUGAAUUCAACGUUUCCAUGGUUCAGCUUGCAUUGUUGCUUCCAUUCAACAAAAUGCAUGGAUCUUCCAAUGAAUCGACACCAGAGGACGUGUCUACUAUCAAGUGGACUGUUCAACAAUUAUUAGAUGAGACUGGUCUGGAAUUGGAUGAAUUUAUUCAAGUAUUCACACCUUUGCACUCGUUGAAAUUAUUUGAUGUUGAACAUUCUUCAGGUCAUUCAACUCUCGACCGAAACUCAAUCAUCCAAAUUAAUGAAAAUUUCAACAGUAAGAAGAACAAAAUUGCUCUCUUUCAAUACACCAUCAAGCAAUACCACGAAAAUACUGGAAGAGAUCACCCAUUGAAUGACAAAAUUUAUUCACAAAUUCAAGAAGAUCGACGAUAUGUCAUCCAAGCAGCCAUUGUGAGAAUCUUGAAAGCACGAAAGCUCAUUGAGCACAAGCAACUCGUGAACUUGUUGCUCACACAACUUUCACCAACCUUCAAACCAACAACUGUAGAUAUCAAAAGAGCCAUUGACUCCCUUCUUCAACAAGAAUACAUGAAACGAGUGAACGACGACUCGAAUUGGUAUCAGUACUUGGCCUAA